AUGUCCGGCAGCCAGCGCAUAGACGGCACCUUUCGCCGGCUGCUCGACAAGCGCGAGGCCCAAGGCCGCCGCCGGCGUCUCACCCUCCCUCCGCCCGGCGCCGUCGACUUCUCCUCCAACUCGUACCUGUCGCUCGCCGAGAACCCCGAGCUCAAGACGCGGUACCUGGCGCUGCUCCAACGCAGCGACGCGGACGCGCCGCCUUUUUCGCUCGGCUCCGGGGGCUCGCGGCUGCUCGACGGCAACACUGCCUUUACCGAGGCGCUCGAAGCCCGCGUCGCGGCGUUUCACGGGGCGCCCGCCGGCCUGCUCUUUAAUUCGGGCUUUGACGCCAACGCGGGCCUGUUUGGGUGCGCGCCGCAGCCGCGUGACGUGGUCGUCUACGAUGAGCUGAUUCACGCGAGCGUCCACGACGGCAUGAAGCUGGGCCGCGCGCAGACUGUGCCGUUUGCGCACAACAUGGUAGGCGGCGGUGCUGGCGGUGCUGGUGCUGGCGAGGCGGACGCAGAGGACGACGGUGCGCCCGGCCCGAGACGACCGGGUAGCUUGAGCGCUGUACUGGCUCGCUUGUGUCGGGGCCAGCAAGGCAAAGAGUUUCGCAGCGGCGACCGAAAUGUAUUCGUCGCCGUCGAGGGCGUGUACAGCAUGGACGGCGACGUCUCCCCGCUGCGAGAAAUCGUGGCCUGCGUGCGCGAGCGGCUGCCACGCGGAAACGGCCACAUCAUCGUCGACGAAGCACACUCUACGGGAAUCAUUGGCCAACGCGGUCGUGGUCUGGUGUGCCAUCUAGGCCUCGAGGACCAAGUUUGGGCAAGAGUCCACACGUUUGGCAAGGCCAUGGGCUGCGCAGGUGCCAUUGUCCUUUGCUCGCCGACAACCAGGUCCUAUCUCGUCAACUACGCUCGAAGCUUGAUAUACACGACGGCGCUCGGCUACCCGUCGCUGGCCGCGAUCCAAACGACGUACGAAUAUCUCGCGGGCGGCCACGCCGACCGCCAGCACCAAAACUUGCGGGCGCUGAUACGCCUGGCGCACGGUCGCCUGAGCAGCCUAUGUGGGCGGCACCAGGUUCCGGCGCGCAUAUUACAUAUAUAUCCGUCGGUACCUGAAUCUCCGAUAUUCCCGUUAUUUACUGCAUCUGCCCGCGAGCUGGCUGCAUACUGCCAGCAGCAUGGCUUUCUUCUGAGAGCUAUUGUAGCGCCGACAGUGCCUAAAGGUACCGAUCGUGUGAGGCUGUGCCUCCAUGCGGGCAAUACGGCGGAGGAGGUGGAUGCGCUCUGCAAGGUGAUUGAGAAAUGGACGUGUGAUAAAAUGGGCAUUGAAGCUACGGGUGUUCAAGAGGUACAGACUAGCAUGAUGAAGAGUGAUGUCAGUCGUCUCUAA